GGCGCUGAAUUGAAACUACAGACGGGUUAACAUAGCUAUGUCAAUGGUUAACAGAGGUGAAGAACUGGAAUUACUUAACGCUAUUCUCACCUGAAACCUCUCGUUAAAUAGUAUAGGUGGCUUGAGUUAAUAUAUUUGUACAGUACAGCAGGUUGAGAGGCGGUUGGCUUGAGUUUUGUUGGGUUGUCGUCGUGUCUCUGACAGAGGUGGUAUGAAGGCUCACAGCAGUAGAGUCGGAGUGUUUGUCCGAAUCAGGCCAACGGCACACUUCUCUCAAGACCUCAUUGAAUGUCUUCCUGACGGACAGACAGUGAACAUCCAUCACAGAAAAGACUCAAGGAAGCCCGAGGACUCCAGGAAAAGUCAGCUGAGUUCCUGGUCAUUCCGGCUGGCAGGCAUCCUGCAGGAUGUAUCCCAGGAGGAGUUGUACGCCAGAGUGUGUAGGCGGGUGGUACUGGGAGCACUGGAUGGCUAUAAUGGUACUUUAAUGUGUUUUGGGCAGACAGGUGCAGGAAAGACUUACACCAUGACAGGAUCCACCGAAUCGUACAAGCAAAGAGGCAUCAUUCCUCGGGCCCUUCAGGAGGUGUUUCAGGAGAUGGACAAAAGGACUGAGUAUACCUUCUCUGUGCACCUGUCCUACCUGGAGAUCUACAAUGAGACCCUGGUGGACCUGCUGUCAUCGCUGCAAGGUUCACCACAACUGUCUCCUCGUGGCAUGGUGGUGGUGGAGGAGCCAAGCAGAGGGGUGUUCAUCAGGGGUCUGUCUCUUCACCCUGUCCACAGUGAGGAGGAGGCUCUCAACCUGCUGUUUGAGGGUGAGAUGAAUCGCAUUAUUGGAUCUCAUGCCUUGAACAGAAGCUCCUCCAGGUCCCACUGUAUCUUCACUGUGCAUAUAGAGUCUCACUCACGGACUUUGUCUGUUGCCAAGUAUGUCACUUCCAAGCUCAAUCUGGUGGAUUUGGCCGGGUCAGAGAGACUGGGAAAGACCUGGUCAGAGGGUCAGAUGUUUAAAGAAGCCAUGUACAUCAACAAGUCGUUGUCUUUCCUGGAACAGGCCAUCCUGGCCCUGGCAGACCGUCGCAGAGACCAUGUUCCCUUCAGACAGAGUAAACUCACUCAUGCCCUCAAGGACUCACUGGGAGGGAACUGCAACACUGUGCUUGUGGCCAACAUCUAUGGUGAGGCUGCACAGAUAGAAGAAACACUCUCUACACUGCGUUUUGCCAGCAGAAUGAUGUGCGUCAGGACAAACCCUGCUGUUAAUGAACACAUGGAUCCAGCAGCUCAGAUCAAGAAACUUCAGAAGGAUUUACACAUGCUGAAAGAGGAACUGUCCUUCUACAAUACAUUGGUGAACCGUCCGAGAAUUAUGUACGAGCCGUUGUCUGAAGCCCAGCUGGCUGAGAUCCACAGCCAGGUUCAGAGGUACCUAAAGGGAAACCUGGAGGAAAUCAGUAUCAUAAGUAUCAGGCAGGUCCAAGCAGUGUUUGCCCAGUUCAAGCUAGCUGUGCAGGAACAGGAGCAGAAGGUGAAGGCACAGCUAUGCCAGACCUUCAACUUAAUGGAGAAAGACCAACGCGCUAACACAGCUGCUAUCAAGGAGUGGGAUACCAGAGACAGCACUGAGGAUGUGGAGGCACUUCGCUCAAGUUCGACCAAAGCCAGCACUAAAAUGUCUAGGGACAAACAGAGCCAAAGCAAGAGACAGGGAGAGGGGAGUCCAGUUUCAAAGAAGCGUUUGGAGAGUGCCUCGAAAUCAAAGCUGAAUUCUGUCCAGACGCCUGAGAGGGAACAGGAGUCCCAAGAACCAGAAACAGAGAGCCAGGACUCGCAGGAAUCACAACCGCCUGGCAAUGAACCCUUUAACCCUGACUCUACUCCAUCCAAAGCAGAAGCCUUUGAGGAUUUUAAAGUGGGACGAGGCAGCAAGAUCAACCGCAUCCUUAAGGAGAACAAGGCUGUGUUGCUGGAACGCUGCAGUCUUCUUCGACAGCUCACUGAGGAGGUCAAUGCUGUCAAGAGAGAGAUCGACUGCAUCACAGCAACCAUACAGCAGCAUGAGACAAGAGGAGGUCAAGGUCAAUAUAUGGUUAUGGAGGGGAUGCCAGUGCUGCAGGAACCAGAUGGCACUUCAUUGAUGCAGCUCAGAGAGCUGAAGGCCCUGUACCGGCAGAGAUAUGAAGUGCUACGUGGCGUCAAGGCAGAGGUCAACUACUGUCAACACCUUGUGGAUCAGUGCAGGGUGCGCCUGCUCUCUGAAUUUGAGAACUGGUAUAAGAAGUCUUUCCUGGUGCCUGAAGAGGAGCUGGACAUAACCAUAGAUAGGACCCUUGAACAAGGGGAGGAUAACCAGCGGCUUCUUCCUGACAGCUCCGAGUCCUUCUACAACGCCCGCUACAGAAUGCUGAAAAGGAGGACGGCACUGUCCUUUACUCCAGUGCAGAGGAACUCGUCUGCAAGGUCUGGACAGAGAAGACUUCCUCCUAUUCUACCUGUUAGCUAAGUAACUAACUAAAGUGUCCACAUGUGCUGCAUUUUCCUUUUUAGGCAUUCACUUCUCUUGGGGGUUUUCCACAUUUAAUCAAGCACAAAAGACACAACACAAUGGAUCAGCUUCUUAAAUGAAAAGUAAAAUUUAUUAUUCCUGAACCACAAAAUAGACUUCUUUGGUUGUACAAAUUCACUAGUUACAGUCUUUUAUGAGCGCUAACCCCUUGACCCUAGGACUUCUGACCCUUUCCCUCCAAUCUAGUUGCAAGUAAAAGCCUCCAAAGAACUCAAGACAAAAGAAUAAACAAAAACUUGAAACACUGCAUUAAUAAUGUAGUGAAACCCAUCUGAAAAAAGAUUUACCUAACAAAGUUAAAAAAAGAAGAUAUCAGCCAUUGCAAACGUUAUCAAACAAACUGAAUUUCAGUCAGUGAGAGCAACAUGGAAAGCUAUCAUUAGAAUACCCUACAUUAAAUUAACACAAAUGCUACUAUGCCGUGAUUCUUCAGAAAUACCCAUCAGAUACAUAAACUGACAGUAUGUCAAGCAGUGAACUGAAUAAGAACAAUGUCUUGAGAGGAAUUUCUAAUUGUUUCCGCCUCUCUCAGUUCUCCCAUUAACAAAACAAUAUACAUGCAGAGAGCAUCCCAAUACCAAGCCUGUCCAAAUCCAGAUGUGUCAGCAGUCCAGACACUCACUUGGUCUAGGUCAAGAUUGGCUCAGUUUCAAACCCAAAGUUUGCUUUCCUUUCAGUAUUUGUACAUUAUUCACACAAUAAUAAAUGAUUUUUUCAGUGGCGUCAGAUUUAAAUAAACCAUAGACAGAAAAAUAAAACACCUGCUACCUUCACGUCACUCUGGAAUAUCCCAGAUAAUUCACGGUUAGAAAUGAAUGAUUCACAUUGAUAAAAAUAAUACCCUAAACAGGGCAGGGUGAGUACCGUUAAUUAAUGAUACUAAAAAUGAAUGUUUCCAAACUUUAGUAUUUGAUGCUGUGAUCGGUUUUUGUAAAGCUGCCUGAUCAAUGCUGCUGCCUUCAGUGUAGUCAUAUUCUCUACAAGGGGAUGUAGCACACUCAAUCACAGGUGUGAUACUGAUGUGCAACAGCUAUACUUUGUCCAAGCUAUCUAAUUUGUAGAUAUGAUUCUCUCUGGGAAAAAAAAUAAAAAGUACAAUAAAUGAUAUGAAUUCAUUAGUUGAAAUCUUUGAUUUAGUGAAGCAUAACUAUCUUUGAAAUUUAAAGAUAAAUCAUGAUAAGCAUCGAUCUUUGUGCGCACAACGACCGGAGGGGUUAAAACAGUGUAAAAUAGAAGGCCUUCAAUUUGAAUAAAAUGCUAAAAACAAUAAAUUAAGAUAUACGUUCUUAAAAAGCAGGUCUGUGGCAGUGCAAAAAAAGAUAUGUAGCAUUUUUUUUUAAAGCUCUCCACAAUUUGUGAUUGUGAAGGUAGCAGGAUGUUCCCUCCUCAAUUAAUAUAUACACUCCUGUCUGCCCAAGUCUCAAGAAACCCCUGACAUUUUACAAUCUAUUCAAUGAAAGCCUAACAAUAUAAUUCAAGACGUUAGUAUAGCUAUGACCCAUUUCUUUUCUCUUCCAGUAUGUGUUUUUCUUUAAAACAGUAAAAUCAUUAGAGGUGCAAAAACUAAACAACUAAAAACUUCGGUCACCUCCUUUUUAAAAUCGAUCGGUUUCUACUUGGUAAACCAAGUGUACAACAAAAAGAAUGGUCUGUAAGUAGCGGUCCUAGCUAACCACACUAUCUUUCUUGCCGUUGAAGGACUAUUGAGUAACUUGCCAACUCAUCCACAGAGUGUAUAGGCAAGACUGGCACGCAGGAUAUAAUUGAGUGUGUACGUGUGGUGACUAUCCGUGUCGUAGUCUCUGCAGUGGUUAUAUAUGGGAGCGUAAAUCUCGCUAUACUGACACUGUGUGUAGUGUUUGGUGACUCUGCGCCUCCUGUGGAUGCACUUGUGUGUUCCACAGUGCAUCUAAAUGUGUGUGUUCGCGUUAUGUCUUCGGCUUUCUUCUCUUAGUGUGGGGUGUUACGUGGGCAUGGCGGUUUCCAGGCUGCGGCGGCCCUGCCUCAGUUUGCGCUUGUUGCUGUACAGGGCCAUCUCCUCCAGGGCUGAGGUGGCGGGCAGCGAGGCGGGUAGCUCAGCCUCAGGGCUCGCAGAAGGCACUAAACACAAAAACAGACAGAACAACUUCAGUAACACAUCUAUCAAGCAGCUGCAGUUGAGCUUCUUUUUACAUGACAAUCACUUCCCAACGGCAGCUGUGGUGAGGAAGAAAGAUGAAGGCAACUGGACUUAUGAGAAAAGUAGAUGGAUCCCUUAAACCUGCGAGAGAAGCCCCACAUUCAGAUCACAAAACCAGGCGAAAGCUUUGAGAAGAAAACUGACGUAUCCAGUGACUGUAUGUUUAAACCAGCCACCUCAAUGGGCUCUGUAUUUAAACUCAAGAGUCAAUGCCAUUAAAGUUACUGCAAGAACAAA